GGCGGAGUAGGUCUGGUAGUAAACAGUGGUGUUUACGCUCUACUACUCGGUAUUGAGCAAUUACAAUGGCGGCAGAAUCGACUACUUUGGCGGCUGCGAUCCAGGAUAUUUCUUUGGAUGGGAUUCAAGAAACGCCUUUCCCAACUCAUUCAAAGACCGCUGCGGGGCUGGUUGGCGGGGCCGAGACGGAUAUCUCAAGCCUCGCUUUCUCUGACAAGAUCUUGAUUACGAUAUCCCAAGGAGGGCGCUUAUCACAAUGGAUCCAAGUCCCUCUCUCGUCUGCUUCACCUACAACGUUUGAUACAGCUCUACCUGCUGGAGGCGACGAUUCCCUUCCCGCACCUCACAUAAACCCGAAAAUCCUUCUCGGCGCAGGGGGUGAAGCAAGAGAAACCUUUGGGCACUUGGUAGCGUCGCAAAUUGCCAGUUUGGUGUUGAAGCGUGAGCCGGAGGAAGCUCGGACGAUUCUCGUGGGCGUUGGGUUGCUCAAGGUGGAUUUAGACAGGUCAGCUUGGUUCGAUCUUCUUGAGCUCCUCGCAAAAGUUAUUUGAGCGAUGUCUACGAAGUGUUGCGAAAGCAUGCCUUAUUGGAAACAACUGGGAGCCUCAUUUGAGCACCUUCCGUCAUGGCUGCCUGUUCAAGCGAUGGUAGGCCACGAAUGAAGGCAACGUUGACAGUAGGAAUCGUUAAUCAUGGAAACGACGACCCCAAGAACGAUGGCCACCGCCAAAAAUGUCACUGGAGCGAGCUACUUAUUACGGGAGAUAGUGGGUGAAUCGACCCAAUCUCAAAUACCCAUCUUCAGAGUAGCCGAGUUGAAAGCCGCGAAGUCGAGCGAUGGUAUCAAAUAUCAAACUUUAUCAGACCUUUCUCCCAGGUGUGCUACGUGAUAAACCCUUAUAAACCACCAUCUUUGCUUGCAUUCUGCAAAUGAGCAUUUUGGUAAUGGGUGAGUAUCCUGCGUACAAUACAAUAUAUAUUUAUACAAUGAUGUUAGUGGCUCUAUAAUACAGUAAUAGGAACAGAUUGAGGUCCG